AAACAUGGAGGACCAUGAUGCCGCUUGGCCCGUCACAUCCACAACUCAGCCAAUGAGACUGAUUGCCACGCGGACUAAUGAGGAAGUGCAGGGCUCUCAUAUCCAUUCAGGAGGACACAACGCUACAGGAUAUUCAGAUAGAAAUAUAUUGUGUAGAACAGAUCGUCACCUCUCAUCAUGUAGGAUAGGGACCUGUUUAGCUCCACAUUAAUAUAUUUCUAUCUGCAAAUGUGUAGGUUUUGAAUGUUUCACCUGACUGAAUACACCUGAAAAUGGGUGAAGAAAAUGAGCACCUCAGUUCAAGUAGAACCUCCUUCAUUUCUAAAUGUUUUGUCCUGUUUUGUGCCUUCUGAACGCGACCCUGGACACUCUCCUAUGCCUGUCACCUACUCCGUUGGUUAUGCAUGUUCGUAUGGUCGUAGCACUACGUAAGCGUACAUACCGUCUUUAGCUGUAGUGCCUAAAGUUCUGUUUGUUCUUUUCUAGAAUAGAGGUUGUCUUUGAGGAGAACACAUGUAAAUGUUUACAAUCUAAAUAUGGAAUUGUUCUGUCAAAUCGUAAUUGUAAAACGAGACUUUUAACGCUCACCAUAAAUGUCACGUUAAGUGAAGCACAGAAUGUCACGAUAAACACUCACUGAAUUUCAUCAUGAAUCACAACUACCUACAGCCUUCUGCCUUUAAUACACCUACUGUUCUAUCAUGCCCUGUAAGUAUUUGUAUUGCCUGUUGUAUAAAUAAUGUAUCAUAUUGCCUAUUAUAUAAUUAAAUCAUCAAUCCAAUAAUUUCAAAAUACAUGUUCAAUAUAAUUUAUAAGAAAAUCAACUUUACUGGAGAGACUGGCGUGCUGUUGUGGUUCUCAACUGCCAGUGUCAUGUCAGCAUAGAUCUAUUCUACUGUAACGAUGACUGGGAUGAGCACAUAACCGAUGGGAUGCGUUUACCAACGUCAGUCCACACCACCCAACAGAGGGCGCCACACACCCAUCUAGCUCUGUCUGUCUGUCUGCAUUUACGUACUUAAAACGUAUGACUGAUUGGUUGAUUGGCUGAUUAACGUGAGAGGAGGAGCAGGCUCUAGUGUAAAAUACAUUAUGUACCAUGUAGCUGUAUACACCAGCUCUGCUCAGGCACCUAGUGGGAGCUAUGGGGUUAAUGUAAAAUCCUUCCGCUACUUCCUUAUCGCUGUCAUGCGAUGUUAUGCUUCUCUCUCUUUUGAGAAAUGCCUGAAUAAUUUGAUGCGGUCGGAGAAAAACGGCAAGUUAUGCGUGCACACUUUUGAUUUUGAAUUGGUCUACUUUAUUUUUCUACCUUGUUUUGUUUCUUCAUAUUAGAACUUGACAUUCUGCUGUGGUGGAAUGUCUGUGCUGUAUGGAGUAAACCGCGUGACUAAGUAAAUAUAUAAUUUCUUCAAACACACAGAGCACUGCCUUUUGAGAUAAAAUGGGUGAAACAAGACGACGAGCUGUUAAAAUAGUUAUUCAGAUAACUUGCCAACUUCUAUGGCUGGCAGGUCUGGUGGUAGGUCUGAGUGGUAUGUACCUGUUGUUGAACUACAGACACAAUGGCCUCUUCUUUGCCCACACAUACAUCAUCCUCCCAGCAUGCCUAGCUCUGGCCAGCGCUACUCUCCUAUUGGCCAGCGGAGGACUGGGCAUCUGGGUGUCCCUCAGAAAGUCAGCCUUGCUACAGGGUGUGGUGAGUUUUUGUGUGUACUUGCGUGUGUCUGAAUAUAAUAAAAUGUAUGUAUUUUUGCUUUUCAUAGCUCUGAUGCUAUGCGUCCUCUACAGUUUGGGAUACAGCUUAUCACCUUAUCUGUUGUCAUGGCCAUUUCAGUUUGUCUAUCUGCUGGUCAUGGUUUUCUGCCUGGAGGCAACUGCUGCUGCUCUGGCCUAUGUCAACGCAGGAAAGGUGGAUUCUGAGCUGGCUCCCUUCAGUAGUGUUUUUCAAAGAUACACAGGAAGAAGUCAGGACCCAUACUCUGAUGCUGUGGAUGCCACACAGAAAGAGUUACAGUGCUGUGGAAUCUAUGACUACCGUGACUGGUUGGCCACGCCCUGGUUUAACCACAGUGGGCGGGGCAGUGUACCUCACAGCUGCUGUAAAUCCACCUACCACACCUGUAACGGUACCCUGGAGCUGCCCGGGCUACUAUAUCCAAAGGGCUGCCAGGUGAAGCUGGAGGAGGCCUUGCUUUUUGUUCUGCAUCUCAUCAUCUGGUCAUCUCUGGCAGUGGCGCUAGUGGAGACUGUAGGGUUUGUGAGUGUGGCUCAGCUGAUGAGGGACCAGCCUCUGUUGGAGUAUGGAAUACUAGACAGGGAGUGGGCCUGAACCAGAGUGGCAGAAAGUAUUCUGGACUGAGAAUCUGCUUUAGAUAUACUAUGUCCUGGAACUUGGUAAAGUUCAUGAUGCUGUGGACCUUAAAGGCCCUGUGCAGUCAAAAAUUUGAUUUCCCCCCCCCCCAGUGUUUUAUAUAAUAAUUCCACACUGAAGUUGGAAGAAUACUAUGAAAUUGUGAAAAUGCUGAUAAUGCCCUUCUAGUGUAAGAGCUGUUUGAAAAGACUGCUCUCUAGGUGUGUGGGUGGGGGGUUAUAGUUGUCUGGGCAGCUCCAGAGCCCCUAGGGUACCAUUACAGGUAAUUGACGUAAUCAUCGCCGAUCUUGUUGGUGAAACUGCUUUAAAAGAGUGAUUAUCUUGCUUUCACUAAACUAAUGUAUACACAUCCGUGAAGGGAGGAAGGAAGCUGUACUCUAAAAGUGUUAAGUGUCCUACACUUCUGCAUACACUUCCUUCGUUUCAUAAGGAUCAACUGGAAUAUGUAAUGGCCACAAUGUUUUGGUUGGUCUGUUUUGUUUUUGUUCACUGAUGUAGAUGCAUGCUUGUUAAAGAAACCACUCCAUCAAAAAAAAUGGUCAACAUGUCACAUGUCCUGCAGAUGACAUAUUAAUGACAUUUAUACACUACCCUGCACGGCUUUUGAGUAAUUGACUGGUUGAAACUAUGUUGUGUGGUUAUUGUUUAAUUGUAACUUACCAGUAUGUAGCUGGGUGAUUCUGCAAUUUAGGGCACUUUGGCCCUGCAAGCUUUCAGAAAUGAAAAGUUAUUGAAACACCAUUUUACUAGUAUUAUAAUUGUCUUUGAUUUGUCUAGGAAUGUAUAUAUUUUUCUCAUACAGCCACAGACACAUUUUAUUUCCAUCAUGUCAUUAAACAUCAAUUUUAGUUAAAUUAAUUAUAUAUUUCAUUUUUAACACAUUUCUUAUACAUUUGUAUAUUAACUUGUAUUUUAAGUGAUUUAAGGUUUUCCUAAUAUUAAUAAUUCAACACGAUGCCUGAAUUUAUAGACUUGCCUUUGUGACAGCUGAAAAAGAUCAUGAAAAAUAAGAUAUUUCCACCCAACCUUUUUUUGGAGAUUAUGAUCAUUUCCCUAUAUAAAACAAAUCAAUGUAAGUUAUACAUAAUAUACUAAUGUACCUAAAAUAUAUGGGUGUGGGGGGAAUGACAAGGUGUGGUGGACAUCUAUUAAAAAAAAAACACGGAUAAAACAAUAUUUUAUUGCAAACAUUUUGAAUAACAACCAUUGUUAAACAUUUUAUAAGACAGUAACAUUCCAAAAGUAGCCGAUGGGCAUAAUUCAAGGAAGUAGGCCAGUGUUUUUGAAAGAUGGGCCCGGAUAGCAAAGGGGUCAUCUGCACAGAAGAGCUCAGUGAGCAAAGUGAAACUAUCAUUUGUGUAUAUUUCUAAUCGACCUGGCCCGGGUAUCCUGGA